CUGUGUGGGGAGGGGUGGGUUUAGGUAGCGAGAGAAACGAGGGGAGAAAACUCCCCUUGGGCGCCAGGGGGCCGCCCUUAAAGGCCCGCCUGCCUCCGGCUGCUCAAGGUUCUGGCUAAGUGCUAGGUGAGCCUGUGGACGCGCGACCCGCGGCUCUGAGCCCAGGAGCUGGAGAGCCAGAGCCACGGUCGACACUGCAGGACCCAGAGUGGCAAGAGGAGAUGAACAAAUAGUCCCCAGCGCCUCCUCCGGCCGCUGAUGGGCCUGUGGUCCCAGCCACCGCCGGGCUGGCCGGGCCGGGUCGGGCCGGGCCACGCCGAGCGGGCUCAUAUACCUGGGCCUACGGACUCUAAUUAUCGCGCUUAUGUUGAUGAUGAUUUUUUUUUUUAAAUCACAGCAGCCCCCAGUUUAGCGGACUGAUUUACUCCCGGUAUUGGUAAAUAUGAUCACGUGGGCCGCGCGACCAAUGGUGGUGGCUGCAGCCUGCGAACUAGUCGGCGGCUCCGGAGCCGGCGGGGAGCGGCUCGGCGGCGGGCAGUGUAACCUUGGGUGGGAGCGCACGGCGCUUCAAAAUGUCCUCCAGUGGCACCCUCAGCAACUACUACGUGGACUCCCUCAUAGGCCAUGAGGGCGACGAGGUGUUCGCGGCACGCUUCGGGCCACCGGGGCCAGGCGCGCAGGGCCGGCCUGCAGGUGUGGCCGACAGCCCGGCAGCGUCUGCCGCCGAGUUCGCCUCGUGUAGUUUUGCCCCCAAAUCGGCCGUGUUCUCUGCCUCGUGGUCCGCGGUGCCCGCCCAGCCCCCGGCGGCGGCGGCGAUGAGCGGCCUGUAUCACCCGUACGUGCCCCCGCCGCCCCUGGCCGCCGCUGCCGCCGCCUCCGAGCCUGGCCGAUACGUGCGCUCCUGGAUGGAGCCACUGCCCGGCUUCCCCGGUGGCGCGGGCAGUGGUGGUGGCGGUGGCGGAGGCGGCGCCCCGGGCCCUGGUCCCAGUCCUGGCCCCGGUGGCCCAGCCAACGGGCGCCACUACGGGAUUAAGCCUGAAACCGGAGCGGCCCCGGCCCCAGUCGCAGCCUCCACCUCCUCCUCCUCCACUUCCUCGUCCUCCUCCUCCAAACGGACUGAGUGCUCUGCGGCCCGGGAGUCCCAGGGGAGCGGCGGCACCGAUUUCUCGUGCAACUCGUUCCUGAGGGACAAGGCUGCAGCGGCGGCGGGGGGAACUGGGCCCGGGGCGGGGAUCCGGUCGGGGCCCGGGGCAGGCGGCUCGUCGGAGCCCUCGGCUUGCAGUGAUCACCCGAGCCCGGGCUGCCCGCUGAAGGAGGAGGAGAAGCAGCAUCCGCAGCCGCCGCAGCAGCAACUUGACCCAAACAACCCCGCAGCGAACUGGAUCCACGCUCGCUCCACCCGGAAAAAGCGCUGUCCCUACACCAAAUACCAGACGCUUGAACUAGAGAAGGAAUUCCUCUUCAACAUGUACCUCACCCGAGACCGGCGCUACGAGGUGGCCAGGAUUCUGAACCUCACAGAGAGACAGGUCAAAAUCUGGUUCCAGAACCGUAGAAUGAAAAUGAAAAAGAUGAGCAAGGAGAAAUGCCCCAAAGGAGACUGACCCAGCUCAGUACCGGCAGGAGCUCUCAAAGGCAACGGAGUUUUUCUUUGUGGGUGCUUGAUUUCCAAAAACUCUGCAGCGACUCAGACUUUUUUUUUUUUUUUUUCUUGGUAGAAUUGACUGUGUGGUUGGUCUCUGUGAGGUAUUUGGGGAACUCUGUAUUUGCUCGCUUCUGUGUUGGAGAAACCAAGUGGCUUUGGGGUUUCAUCUAUUCCACUCCCUCCCUUUCCUGCUUCAUCGGUUCCUUAGGAAAUGCUAUAUUUUGUGAGUGCACGCUGGCUUGAGGAGCCCUCUCAAUGUGUUAAUGUGCCCCAUGUUUCUGAAAAGUGCUGUAGUUUAGCUCCCGCAGCCUCGCCAAACCGGACCAAGCGCGCCCCAAUCCGAGAAGCUGAAGGCAGAGGAAGACACUGUGCACACCCUGGCUGCUCGCCCAGGCCUAAGCCUGAGUGGUUCGGUCACCCACCGGGUUUUGAAAGCCCACUUUCAACAGGGACCCUGCGGGCUGAGACUUCCAGUGAGGCCUAGGAAGCAGCCCGGGGCCUCGGGUGCGUGGGUGGGGGUCUGUUCUUAAUGUUUUGGAGCAGUUACUCUUUCUGGGAAGGCUGGGCUCACGUGGGCUGCUUUGGUUUGUGGCCCUCAGGGUUCCUGCUCGAGGACCAGUUGUAAAUGUUAAUGCUUCCUACCAAUAAAUGCUAACCUGAUCAAAUGGA